AUCACAUAUCGAAUGAUUAGUCAUAACCCGUGCCUGAAGGCACAAUGAAAUAUAAAUUUUCAAUGCCCAAAAAAUUGAUCUCACUAUAUUAAAUAACAAUUUUUUUCCUUAAUUUCUUUAAUUACAUCAGUUAAAAUUUAUUUUUACUAAUUAUUUUCUUAAAAAUAUUAACAAUUUUCUCAAAAUACAUAAUUUGACAAAAUUUUUUCAGCAUGUGUAUACUAUCGUGUAUAGAUAAUGUCUAAAUAAAAAUUAUAUUAAACUACAAAUUAAUCAAAUAUUAAAUGAUUGAACAUGUGAUAGAAAUAGGUAAUGUGAUGUUUUUGAGAGGAAAAAUAUGUAGGGGAUAAAAUUUAAGUUGUUAUGUGUUUUAUUAUAUAGAUUAGGACAACCAAAGGUUCGUUUAUAUGGUUAAGGGGCCUCUCCACUCAUUGUCAAUUGAUUUUGAGUUGGAUGUUGGAACAACCUUAAUGACCACAUCCUAUGCAUAAAGUUGAGUGAGCAAAGACAAGACAUAGGCCACAUAUACAUUAUAUUGUAUAAAAACAUAGAAGACUUGAGAAUAUAUAUAAAGGGUUGUUACCAAAAACUCCCAUUACUUAGGGACGAUUACAGAUGACUUGCCUCAACUUCAACCACUGGGCAAAACGUUAUUGAGGUAACGUCUCUUUGAAAAAGUCCAAACUACUCUUAAAAUUCCAAACAAGUUUUGAUUGCAUUGCCAUCUUUCAAUCUUUCCAAAUUUUGAUCCAUAAUUCUCUACUGUAAAAAUCAUUCUCACCUCCCACCAUCCACAUGGAGACCGCCCCUACUCCCCUGCCUCCCAUCUCCACCCCCACCAUCACAUUAGACACAAACAUACCCCAUCCCAUUGCUGGCAAACACCAUAUAAAGGUUAACUUAUUUCUUACUGAAGACAUUAUUAUUAUGCAAGUAGUUGAAAUUUUGGUUCACAACAUAAUGACUAGAGGAAGGGACUGGUAAUCACAAUUGACCAAUGUGAUGACUUGUUUAUGUUUUAUUCACGUUAUCUUUGCCCUCAAUUUUUACCUUUAUUCCCCUUCUCUCUCAUGCGAUCUUGAUAGGCGUCUGUUUCCCUCUUCAUUUUUUUUAUUUUUUUCCUUCUAACUUUGUAGAAUCUGUUAGACAAAUUUAUUCUGACUCUUUAGCCAAGUUAUCAUAUUUGCCUAUAUUUAUUACAAAUCUUCAAUGUACUCAAAUUUGAGUUAUUUCUUAAAAGACCUAACCAUUAAGUUAUAUGCAAAUUGCCUACAUAAAUUUUACUAGAACAAUACUAAUUAAUAGUUUGAUGGCACAACAUUGUUAGUAAUUUAGUGAUUAAUUUUAUGAUGCACAUAAUAAAUUUUUGAUAAUUAUGCUUAAUUAUUGAUAUAAUGUGUUAUAUAGGUGCUAUUUUAGUUAAAAGUAGUGACAUGAUAUUUUUGAAUUUAAUGGAGUCUAUGUUUGACAAAAACAAAGCGUUUGACAUUAUUUAACCUUUAUUUUUGUUCUCUAAGUUGGUGUUAUCUAGUAUAGAUGGAUGUGUAGACAAUAAAAAUUCUUGAUUAAUCGAUUGGUAACCUUAUUUAUACAAAUAAAAAGGUUUUAAUUUUUAUUUCCAUCUGUUUUCACAAGUUUUUAAGUUUUUUCUAUAUUCCCACUUUGUUUACAAAAUGUUUUCGAGUUGAUCAAAACUAUACAUUGAAACGAAAUUUUGAUCCUUGAUUGUUGUUAACAAAAAGUUCAAAAAUAAGAUUAAAAUAAGACUCAAUAUAACCCAAAAUUUGAUUAGCCAAAAGCUGAUCUUAAUCAAACUUUUAGUAACAUGGUUUUGUUAGAGUAUCCAACUCAAAACCAAGUGACAAUGAGUGGAAAUGCCCUUCAAGUAUAUAAACUUGUAAAGAGAGCUUGUAUCUUAUAUCGAAUAGUUAGGGCCACCUAAGGUGGUUUAUAUACUUGAGGGGCUAUUCAACUCAUAGCUAAUUGGUUUUGGGUUGGAUGCUUUAACAUGGUAUCAGAGUUGGGCCUUGAAUGGUCAGUGAGUCAAGUCUUUGACCCAUUUAAAUUUCCUUGUAUGUAGGGUUAUUUGCCUGUUAUCCCUACUUGCAAGUCCGGAUCCCAAAUAGUGUAAAAAGAGCUUAUACCUCACAUCGAAUGAUUGGGCCACCCAAAUUGGCUUAUAUACUUGAGGGGCUAGUCCACUUAUAACUAGUUGGUUUUGGGUUGGAUGCUCUAAUAAAGCUAACCUUUGGUGAUCCUAAUCAUUCAAUGUGGGAUACAAGUUCUCUUUACACCUUCUCUCAUGUGGGAGCUGGGCUCGCACAUGGGGUUAACAAAAAAAAAACAAAUAUUCAUAUCGAGAAUUGAAAUGGGUAUGAGACUUGACCUACUGACCACCAAAGACCUAGUUUUGAUAACAUGUUAGAGCAUCUAAUUUAAAGUCAAGUGACAAUGAGCGGAGAGGCAUCUCAAGCAGAUAAACCAACCCUAGGUGGUCUGAAUCAUUUGAUGUGAGAUACAUCCUCUCUUUACAUAUUUAUCGUCCUAUUGAGGUGCUCAUGAACUUGAUAAGAACUGAACCCCAAAAAAGAGGGGAAAAGAAAUAUGAGGUGCGAAAUUGAAUUAGCUUCAAUCGAGUAGCUUGGUUUGGCUUAUUAUUUUCAUUUCCAAUAGUUUUGUUAACUGCAAAAAAUUUUGUGAAUCCCCCAACAACUUUUUAUUUAUUAUUGCCAUCUCCUAGGUCAUCUAACUCGGGAACACUCAAGUACUCUAUAGGCAAAUCUCUUUCAGUUAUGCUCUUCCCUAUUUGGUCUACACUGAUGUGUGAAAACUUGUCUAUACAGUUGAUUGACGUAAUGUACUUGCGGUAGGGUGAUAUCCAAACAAUGGGGGAAAAAGUUAAUGGAGAAAUUAAUGUUUUGUCCUUAACAGGCAUUGGUAGACAGAUCACAAUAGUAGGUAAGGGGUACAUUUUAGGAUGGAGUACACCGCUAAGGCUCUUUUUUUUUUCAAAUACAAAAGUUGAUCAAAUGACUUCAUAUCUUAAUCAUGUAUAGCGUAAUCUACCAAUAACUUUUGUGCGAUACAAGCUAGUUGAUACACAAUUUCAGUUGAUUUUUAAUGAAGGGCAUUUUGUUAAUUUGGUUUACAUUUUUCGGGUUCUCCAUCUUUCUUGCUAACACUAUUGCAAUUUGAUUUUCUAAGCGGUACCUGUGAGUACCUGCAUGAUUAAAAUGCAUAACAGACCUACUUAUGAAGUGCUAAGUGCUAACAUUGUUUUGUUACUUUUCUUAUGUUUCUUCUUAAGAGACUGCCAAAAGCAGUUGUUAUCUCUGAUUUUCCUGUCUCCCUGUGUAUUAGUGGAGUGAAACCAUGGCUUAAACUGAAAUAAAUCAUCGCAAUACCGAACUAUUUACUGAUGUUUUGUUUGAUCUCUAAACAAUGGGUGAUUGGACUUGCAUUGCUUUAACAAAGCAUGGGAGGCUCAGUUGCAGUGCAUGUUGCUGCAAACAAAGCAUUACCUAGCUUGGCUGGGCUGGUUGUUGUGGAUGUUGUUGAGGGAACAGCCAUGGCCUCAUUGAUUCACAUGCAGAAAAUCCUAUCAAACAGAAUGCAAUAUUUUUCAACCAUCGAGAAAGCGGCAGGAGUGAAGGCCACGUCCCUCAGAAGUGUAGUGCCUCGUCACACUAUUCCUUUCAAUAGUCAGACUGGUUUCCAAGAGCAUGUUAAAGUGCAUUUUUGA